AUGUUCUCUGCCAUGCUGAUGGACGCCUACCGCGACGAACGCCUCGGGAUCCGCAUCGCCUACAGGACGGACGGUCACCUCCUGAAUCAACGGCGGAUGCACUUCCAAUCGCGCGUAUCCACAACCACCGUUCACGAACUCCUCUUCGCCGACGACUGCGCCCUGAACUUCACCUCGGAAGAGGAGAUGCAACGGAGCAUGGACCUGUUCUCCGCCGCCUGCGAGAACUUCGGUCUGGUCAUUAACACGCAGAAGACGGUGGUGAUGCAUCAACCGCCACCCCACUCAGUCACAGCCCCCAACACGCCGCCGCAAAUCAGCGUGAACGGGACCCAACUGCAAGUGGUGGAGAACUUCCCGUACCUGGGCAGUACUCUCUCCCGCAACACCAAGAUCGACGACGAAGUCGCCAACAGGAUCUCGAAAGCCAGUCAAGCCUUCGGUCACCUCCAAAGCACAGUUUGGAAUCGCCACGGUCUUCAGCUGAGCACGAAGCUGAAGAUGUACAAGGCCGUCAUCCUGCCGACCCUACGGUAUAGAGCGUAG